AUGGCCGGCCACGCUAUGGAGAUUCCCGAGAUUAUUCAAUCUGCGAGCAUCAACCACAACCCUGAUCCAGCUCACGACAUCAAUCCAUCCACGGCAGCCUCAGAAAAACAUCCCGUUGAGGUAGACUCCGACGCCGAAACAAGCAGCAUCACCUCCGACAUCCUUGAUCCAAGUCGAGUCAUCCACCCUGUUCGCAGACGUCAAAACCUACCUCCUCUUCCGGAUCUACGCUUCGAACAAAGUUACCUGGCCAGUAUUAAGGAUGCCGAAAGCUGGGGGCGAGUGGCGUGGAUCACUACCAGAGAUCAGGUGCUCCUUCCUCUGAUUCAAGGGACUCUAUGGACGCUCGCGCUCUCAGGCUGGCGGUUCUGGAACCGCAAUGCCUCGGUCAGUGGUCACACUCUCGGCAGCAGGGUUCGGAGAUGGUGGUAUGAAGUCAACAAUUGGCGUUUGCCGGCAAUGCCAUCUGUCAGAGAUCCGCAACUCGCGACACAACUUGAAGAUGUGAGCAGAGAACCCUAG